GUGGUCAUUGGGUUGAUCUGAGAAUGCGAGCUAAGCAUCAAAAAGAGUUAGAAGAAUUUCUGUUUAUUACCUCAAAACCUAAAGAAGUUGUUCGAGAUAAAAGCAAAUCUGUCAGAAGUUUACUAAAAGAAUCAAAGUAUAGUAAUAAAUCGGUUAAACCAAAUUUAUCUGGUAAUGAUAACAGCCUUUUCGAAGAUGAUAUAGUAGCAGAUCUAAAUGAAACAGAGUUAGAGUAA